AUAUCGUGAUUAAAUACCAACCACAACCGUAUACAUUUAAUCCUUCAUUAAACUUACAGCCACAUUAAAUUAUUCGUCCUGUACAAACGAUCGUGAUACUUGUCUUAAUCGCUCCGAUUAAAAUACGAGGUACUACGCAUAAAUAUCUUUCAUAAUUCGCAGGUUGUAUUUAGAUUAACGAACCGCCAUAUUUGCACACGAACGCGUCGUUCCGAGAGUUCGAUGUUGUUUGUAUCAUAGAGACGCAUAGUCGGUUCUUUUUAGCUUAAUUGACUGUACUGAUUCGAAAAAUUUAUACACACAUUGAAACGCACGAAGCGUACGAGAUUCUCGUACGCUUCGUGUGCGUAUAUUUCUUGAACCAGUGCAGCCAGUUCAGCUAAAAAGAACAGAUCAGCAAUUGAUUAAUACUCGUGAACAAGCGGGUAAGUAAGCGAUUUUAACCUCCCAAGCCGUCAGUUAGAAGAUUUAUCGCUGGAAGAUGUUAUCGCUCUCAUUCACGGGUAGCACAAAUUGAUUGGCUAACCGUCGUCCAACGUUGACUAGACGUUUCGACAACGAUUAACCAACCAAUUUAUACUGCUCGGAUUUAUUUUGAAUAUUUACCCGAGCAGUCCUUCGACGACGAUGUGCGGGUUUUUCGUUCCAAUGUCCGACGCAUAAUGGUAUUCUGAAAGCAGUCGUUAUUACAUCGUUGAACAACGCCUACAUUUAGUGGCCGUGCAGCUAUAUUUUGUAUUUAAUGCUAAUUCAGCGUCGACUAGUGAUACAUGGCUAUCAAAUUACCUUUAAGGACAUGCAAUCGUGAAUAAAGUUUGUUGUCUUGUAAGUAGACGCAGAAGACUUGAAAGUUCGCUUGAACUGAAACUGCGAAGCUACACUUUGCAAUAUGGCUGAUCCGUUCAAAUUCGGACUCCAACGGCUGUUCAACGCCAGCAGCGGUGACUUCCGAAGUCUCCGCUACGAGCCGCUACUGUUUGCCAGUAGAAAUUGAGGUAGUACAACUCAAUGGUAAGUCAGCCGACCUUCGCUCUUCAAAUAACGUGACUCAACGAUGAGUCAAACGGAUCCCAAUUUCAAUUAGUGCAAUUAAACAGGAAAUCAGAAAAGUUUUAUUUCCAAAUAAUAUGACUAAAGAACGAAUUAAAUAGAUUUUACUUUUUUUAAUUUUCAAAGAAUACAACUCAAUGACAAAUCAGAUAAACUUUUCUUCUUCAGCAAGACGAGCGAACUUUUGCUUUUAUUUACUCUAUGAUAUUAUCGCUUUAAUAUCUGACUUAUGAAUGAAAACGUUUGAUAUAUUACUUAAAAACGAUAAAGUAGUGUCUCGAAAAUGUUCUCUUUUGUAUAUUAAUAUAUUUUACCACUUGUAUUAACGAUUAAACGUCAAUAUGCGUCAAUCGUACGUUAUGUUUGUGUGUAUGUGUGAAACAUGCCAGUAGAAACCAUGUGUUGAUACGAAUGAUUUGUUUGCGAAUGUUAACUAAAUUCCUUUAAAAUUAUUUACGCUGAAAUAAAACUUUUUUCCUACAAUCUUUAAUCGUGUCUUUCAUAAAUCAUUGCACACGACGAGAUGUUCGAUUCGGAGCGUGAUACGUUGAAACGCGGAGAGCAGCACGUUAUUCUGCAAGAAUACAACGAUAUCGUUGAGGAACUCAAACGGGAAUUGGAGAUUUGCAAAACAGAGCAAAAUGGCAUACGUUCCCAGCUUCAGUCUCUACACGUUGAAACUAAAGACAGCAGCGAUACCAUGCGUGAUUAUAUUUCACACAUCCACUUGGAAGAAUGCGGUGACGGGGAUACGCAUAAUAAAAUGAUCACAAACUUGAAAGAACGCAUCGCAGCCCUGCAAGCGGAGAAGGACUCGGCGGUACAACUGUGGCAGGUAUCGAUGAAAGCCGUGGAUGCUCUGGAGCAGGAAUUAAGAACUCGUCCAGUAGACAGUAAAGAUGUAAAAUUCUACGAAGAACAACUGAAAGACGUCAGACAAUCGUACUCAGAAGCUAUAAAGGCUCUAGAGAGUAAGUUGCUCCAAGCCAAAGAAAAUUUCACGAAGCAGCAGUCCCUGUGGGUAUCCAGCAAGGAGACGAUAGAAACUUUAAAGUGGGAGAAGCAGGAAUUGACGAAGAAACUUCAAGAGUCUCAACAAGAUGCUCAGCAGAGAGACAGGACCAGUCAGCAGAGAAUACAGUCGUUAACGGAUGAGUUGUCCGCCGCGAGGGCGGAGACGCAGAGGAUGGAUCACUCAAAGUCGGACCUGGAGAAGAAACUGAACGAGAGUAGAAGAGUCGCCGGUAACAUUCUGGCGAAGAACGAGGAGACGAAGUGUAAGAUGGCCGAGGCUCUGGAUCUGAUCGAGUCCGCGGUGCGGGAGAAGGACUUUGCGUUGCAGAGGGAGGCGCAAGUUGCUGAGCAGAAGGCUAAGCUGGAAGCACGGUUGGCUUCCAUCGCCGAGGAGCACGUCGGCAAGACGCAAAGCGAGAUCGCGAGACUGAAAGACGCUCACGAGCACAACGUGAGGAAGUAUCAGGUGGAGAUCAAAGAGCUGAAGUCGGAACUGCGCGAGAAGGCGACGCUGUUGGAUCGCUCGCAGAGGGAGAGCCGAUUGGCGGAAGAGGAGCUCGAGAGGGUGCGCCGGGAUUCCGAGGAUCUGCUGGCGAAAUCAGCCGCCAAGCUGCUGAACUUCGAGCAAGCCUUGAAACAAGCGGACUCCAAGUUGGAUGCGUGCAACGAGACGGCGCAGUCUGAGAAACGGUACAGCUCGGAGAUGCGGCAGUUGCGGGAGAAGAUCGCCGGUCUGGAGGAGAAACUGGCGGUCUCCAGCGAGAAACUGAGGCAGAUUCAGCAGCAAAGCGUCACGGAUGAUCGCGUCAGGUCGGCUGACGAAAAGACGAAGGAUGCGAUCGAUCGUUACGCCAAUCUGGAGAGGCAGUUGACGAGAGCCACGGAUGACAAGGAGUCGCUGACGGCCGAAUUGAAAUCACUGCAGUCCGCUUUCGACCGCGAGAUACACAAGCGGGAUUACGAGCGACGCGCGUUGGAGAACAGAAUUCGCGAAUUGGAGGCGAAUGCGAUGGAGAACGAGUCGGGCGUCGGUGGGCCUCCGAUAGUCCAACGUCGCGCGGAUACGACGAAUAAGCAUACAUUGGACAUACGGGUAGAAAACAUUGGUCACAAUUGGAAAUUGUUAUUGUCCGAGCAACUGAGUAAGCAGCGGGAAGAUUUCGACAAGAAAAUGAAAGAAAUGACGCAACACGUGACGAUCCAUCAAAAGAUAAGCAAUGAAUCUGGUUUCUGUUUUGAGAUGGAGAGAAGAAGCGAAGGCUCUUACGGCACGGUUUCGAGUAAAAUCCAAGGAACUACGCGGAAAGAUCCUUUUAUUGCGGGAAGAAAACGCCGAGCUCCAGAAAGCACUGGUGCUUUGCAGGCAGCAGUUCACCCAGUACAGAACAUGCACUCUACACAGGUAUGUAUACCGCAAAAUCUUCAAGUUACAAUUACGGAUAAGGAUGUACAUCUUUUCACACCUCUUUUGUGUUGUUUCAGUCAUAUACAAGGGCCUGAGACCAGGUGACGACGUCCUUUGUUAGGUACAAAACG